UUAGUAUCCACGCUGUGAUAUUCAGGCUAAAUUACACAGGAAUGAGGAUAUUCCAAUCGACGAAUCGAAGACGGGUAAGGCAAAACAAAGUCGGGUCUCGGCAAAAUCAUUCUCCCAAGCGAAUCACAGAGUUGCGCUUCAAAGCUAUAUCAUGAUUCUACGAGGUAAGUUGGGGGGCUUUUGCGAGAUAGCGUCGAACUGCAUCUCGUCGGUCUUGUUCCUAGCGAGCUUUUUUCUACUAUGCUAGGUAGCUGGGACUUAUACCCGCAUUAACCCCCCCCUCUCCCUUCGUCUGGCUUUGCACCCCCUCAGAGCAACGUAUUGGAUCAUCAGCGGCCGUCAAACUCUGGCCACAAUCUCCUAAGUUUAAACGAGCAAAUGAGCGGUCCUCUAAUGUCCCCCCAUCUUCUUCCUGCGGAGGACAGAGUUUGUCCCAUCGUGAGGAGGCUAUUAUCCACACCAAUCAGUUAAGUCAUAAGCCCACGAUAGUAUUGUCAUGUAUAGGGUUUGUUCGGCGAGAUACGGUCAGACCAUUGUGUACCUCCUUUGGCGAGCGUGUUUUUUAACAAGCGCAUAUCCCCACAUAAUGAAUGUGAAUGCGGGUGGUAAGACACGCUAUAUAGCGAGGUAGUUAGUUAACAGGGUAGUUACCUAUUAUUUACUCUCGCGGUGGGAACUGAAAAGUGUAUAAAAGACUUGCUCCCGUCAACGGCAUCCUGUGAAAAUCAUGCGAUCUGCUAUUACGAUUCUUUCUCCUCGUAGUUCUCUUCUACUCUCCUAUCGCUUCGCUUCGCCCCUAAAGACCCCCGUGAUAUCGAACUGUUACCGGACGACAAGUGCUUGCCGUUCCUUUAGUAUAAAGUCGACGACAAUGGCUCCAACUAUCAAGCUGAACAGCGGUUAUGAGAUGCCUCAGGUGGGCUUCGGUCUGUGGAAGGUUGACAACUCUACUGCCGCCGAUACUGUUUACAAUGCUAUCAAGACUGGCUACCGGUUAUUUGAUGGUGCAUGCGAUUAUGGAAACGAGAAAGAAUGUGGCGAAGGUAUAGCACGUGCAAUUAAGGAAGGAAUUGUGAAAAGGGAGGAUCUCUUCAUCACAUCUAAGCUAUGGCCUGUCUUCGAGGAUGGGGACAAGGUAGAGCCCGCCUGCAGGCGCUCCCUAGCCGACUGGGGUCUUGAGUACUUCGAUUUAUACCUGAUCCACUUCCCCGGUGCUCUCAAGUACGUCGACCCGGCCGUGCGGUAUCCUCCGGGAUGGCACUACGACGGCGAGUCCACAAUCGUCCGCUCCAACACCCCGACGCACGUAACGUGGGCUUCCAUGGAGGGUCUGGUGAGAAAGGGGUUGACCAGAUCGAUCGGUGUGUCAAACUUCCAGGCACAGCUCAUUUACGACAUGUUACGAUACGCAACCAUUCCUCCAGCUGCGCUUCAGAUCGAACACCACCCGUACUUGGUGCAACAAGAGCUUCUGAACCUUUGCAAGGCUGAGGGUAUAGCUGUUACAGCCUACUCCUCCUUUGGCCCUGCUUCUUUCCUCGAGUUCGGGUUCAAGCACGCUCAGGCUCUUGUUCCCUUAAUGAAGGACGACCUGAUCACCGCCUUGUCCGAGAAGUACGACAAGGAGCCCUCGCAAAUCCUGCUCCGAUGGGCUACUCAGCGUGGCCUUGCCGUCAUUCCCAAGACAGUUCGCCCUGAGAUCAUGGCCCAAAAUUUGGAUUGCACCGGAUUCGAUCUUGAGCAGGCUGAUAUCGACAGCAUCACGUCUAAAGAUGCGGGUAUCCGUUUCAACCAGCCUUCAAAUUACUUCUCCACGGAUAAGAUGUGGAUUUUUGGUUAAAUACCUAUGUACCGGGGGACUGGUUAGCGGGUUGUGUUGCAUUCUGGGUUUGAGCUGCCCGACGUAACCAUAUUUAAGCAGGCUGAUAGAUGAUAUUCGGCGAUUGCGUUGACGAUUGUUGUUACUGGUAUAAAGUCUGUUAUGGUCAUGGGAGUUAUUUAGCUAGAACGGUCUCAAAGUAGACUAGACCUUUCUGAUCUGUAGUGUGAUAUCAAUACUAUAGGGAACGAAUACGUUGUGCGACUUGUA